AUGAAGUUGGAACCAGAGUCGAAUAAAAGAAACGCAGGACACAGCACAAAUCCAGCUAAGUCAGAUGUAAACAGAACAAUUACAACAAAUUUAUGUGGCUGGAGUGAACAGAAUGCUUUUGAUUCGGUAUGUCUUAAACCCGCUUGCCGAACAACUGGUCCUAAUGUUAUGGGAGGUGUAGGAUGUGGAAAACCUGAAAGAUUCUCUUACCAAAAACCAACAAGAAUCGGUAAACAGUACAAAUUCUAUCAUUAUGAUGAUCCGCAUGCUUACAUACUUCAAUAUAGACGGGAUUGUACAUUGAAUUCUAGUUCAAAAGAUCAUAACCAAGACAAAGGACCAGUAGAAGAACUCAAUAAAUCAAUAGUUGUUGAAAUGGAUACAAAAAAUUACAAUCAUUCAGAGAAGUCCGAUAUCAGUCAGAUAAACAAUGAAAGUUUUUCUGAACAAUCACAUCUUAAAUCAACGUGCACAACAACAACAAAUAAUUUUCAACCCCAGUUGUCUGAAAUGAAAGUAAAAUCUACCAAGUCAACAUUAAAUGCUACUACUACUACUACUACUACCACUAUGUCUGGGAAUCGUCAUUUAUGGGUAAAUAACUAUCCUACUGGUCCAGGUCGUAGUAAUCAUGUGAAUAAAGUUCCUAAUGUAGAUACCAGCACUAAACAUGUCAAUCAAAUGAAACAAAAAUCAACUAAAAAAGAGUCAAUCAUUAAGUCACAUCACAUUUAUUCAAGUCAAUCAACAUCAGGAAAAUUCUCUGAUAAAACUGAUAUGAAUUCAAAUGGAUCAAAUUAUAUACCUGCUCUACGUAUAAAAAGUGCAACAAAAUUGAAUGUAGAAUCUACUACUUAUAUAACUACUAUUCAACAAUCAAUUCGUGAUGCAAAUCAUCCAGAAUUUUGGCCUUUAUUAUAUAAGAAAUUGAUUCAUUUACAAGCUGAACGUGCUAAUCAAACUGAAGAAGAGAAAUAA